UUACUCUUCAGUUCAGUACCGUUUCUAGGGUUUAUUCCACCUCAAAAAAUCUUGUCAUUCUUGAAUCUUGAACCACCAAAAGAACCCCUAGCAACUGGUUGUGUAAUUUGAUUGGAAAAGAUGGGUGGAUUUGAGCUCAAAUGGUUUGUAAGAGUAGCUGUUGUUCUGAUGAUGGUUCAAAAAAUUCUUGGUUGGGGGAAAGAAGGACACUAUGCUAUCUGCAAAAUUGCUGAGGAAUAUCUAACAGAAGAUGCUUUGGCUGCAGUCAAAGCAUUACUCCCAGAUCAAGCCGAAGGUGAUCUUGCAGCUGUCUGCUCCUGGCCUGAUGAGGUUCGGCGCCACUACCACUACCGCUGGAGUUCUCCAUUACAUUAUGUAGAUACACCUGAUUUCUUGUGCAAUUACAAAUAUUGCCGAGACUGCCAUGACGGGCAUGGGCUCAAGGACAGGUGUGUUACGGGAGCAAUAUACAACUACUCAAUGCAACUUUCACAGGGAUAUUAUGAUUUAAAUUCAGAAAAAUACAACUUGACUGAAGCACUUAUGUUCUUGUCUCAUUUUGUUGGUGACGUACAUCAGCCUCUUCAUGUUGGUUUCACUGGAGAUCUUGGUGGAAACAGUAUAAUAGUUCGUUGGUACAGGAGGAAGACUAAUUUGCACCAUGUAUGGGAUACCAUGAUUAUUGAAUCUGCGUUAAAGACAUACUACAAAUCUGAUAUAAUGUUAAUGACACAAGCUCUUCUGAAAAACAUCACUGAUGAAUGGUCCGAUGAUGUUCCAUCUUGGGAAAGUUGCAAGGAGAUGGUUUGUCCUGACCCAUAUGCUUCUGAAAGUAUCCGUUUGGCCUGCAAGUUUGCCUACAGAAAUGCAACCCCGGGAAGCACUUUAACAGACGAUUACUUCCUCUCUCGUCUUCCUGUUGUGGAGAAGAGGUUGGCGCAAGGUGGGGUCCGCUUGGCCGAAGUUCUCAACCGAAUUUUCACUAAAAAACCAUCAGUUGCUGCACAAUGAAGAUAAACUGCAGAAGAAAACCACUCUAUGUAUUCAAUUUCCAUUAUAACUUGGGAGUUCCCUUCACGCCAAGAACUGAAACCUACAUAAGUGACUUAUAAGUCAACUAUUGUAUUUAAAAAGGUGUAAUAAAAUGUAACUUUAGAUGCAAAACUAGUCCAUUAUUACAUAUGAUAGAUGCUGCUAUCAUAUUGGAAUAUGCUGUAUGUUGCUUUUAUGGAUAAUCAACCUCUAUUUUACUUAUUAAGAUAAGAGGAAUCUUCAACUUGUACACAACAAGAACCAUUUCAACAUUUUUUGUAUAUAUAGAACAUGCCCAAGUUUGGUGGGACACUUCUGGUUUU